CAGUUCAGCAACAUUUUGUUGUGCGUAAGCUAGUGUGUCAACUUGCUAGCUAGCUAGCUAAGAAUAACAUUAAUGAUCAAUCAAAGAACACAGUAUUACAGAUUAAUCCAACCUUUCCGGAGAAAGCAAAUUCCUACCCAUCUCUUUGAAGGGGAAAAAUAACCUGUCCCAGCGGUUAGCUCAAGGCUACAUAUAUAUGAGAGGAGGUUCAGGCAUGGCUAGUUAUAGCCAUGACACACCUCUACACAUUGCUGCAAGCUGUGGAGAUGAAGAAAAAGUGAGAAAGUUUUUAAAAUCGCAGCAAUAUAAAGUAGAUGUUGUGAACUCUGAUAAACAAACCCCCCUUCACCUAGCAUGUGCCAAUGGGCAUCUGGUUACCGUAGACUUGCUAGUCAAUAACUUCAAUGCCAGUAUUGGAGCUCUUGACAAUGAAGGGUUAUCUCCAUUACUUCAUGCUGCAAAAAGCAAUCAUAUACAAAUAGUGAUCAUUUUGAUUCUGUUGUCAAUGUUUGGUAGACGUAUCUCUAAAACUACCAGAAUUCGAAUUCCAUACGAAGUAUGUCAUGUUGAGCGUAGCCACACUGAGCUCCUGGAAGAAGUUGUCUUUGAGUACUUUAACAAUCCUCAAGCUCAAUUGAUUACAGUUAAAAUAAUCAGAGAGUUAUUUGAUGAUGUUAUUGAUGAUGUAGAGAACUGCGAAUGCAAGUUUUUCCCAUUAUUUUUAGCAUCGUCACUUGGACUCCAAAAUUUGUUUGAGAAGUUGAUAGUAGAGAAGGGAACUAGCCUUGAAACUAAAGGCUUCUUUGGUUUGUCUCUUCUCCAUUGUGCCUGCUUUGGGGGUCACACUCAACUCAUUGAACAUUUUGUAGAUCAUUACAAGUUGAACCUUAAUGCUAGAAGCAGGAACGGUAGGACGAUUAUUCAUUAUGCAUGUUUUGGUGAUCACACAGAGCUUAUAGAAAAGCUCAUAAUCAACUAUCAACUUGAUCCAGCUCUAACAGAUGAAAAAGAUAAUACUGCUCUGCAUAUUGCAACUAUGACAGGUCAAGUUGAAACAGUCAGGUACCUUAUCAUUAAACACAAAGUUGUGAUUGACUGCAGAAAUAACCAAGAUUUAACUCCCUUGUGUUUAGCCGCUCGAAAUGGUCACCUGUAUCUAGUAACUAUGUUGAUUGACGAGUUUAAGUGCAGUUCACAAGUCGUAGGCUACCAUGGGCGAACUCUUCUUCACAAAGCUUGUCAAGGGGGUAACGUGAAACUAAUUGACAAGCUUAUUAAAGUAUAUGGACUUGAUCCAAUGGCUAGAGAUGACAGUGGAAACACCCCUUUACACAUAGCAGCCAUAGAUGGACAAGUUGAAAUUGUAAAACAUUUUGUCACUAUGUAUAAGCACAGUGUUGACAUUGACAGCACUGAUGACGAAGGCUCCACUCCAUUAUGUUUAACUGCUCAAAAUGGUCACUUGAAUCUGAUAAGUAUGUUUCUAAAUGACUUUAAGUGCAGUUCCAAAGUCAAAGGCUGCAAUCAGCAGAAUCUUGUUCAUUAUGCCGCAAGAGGUGAUCACAAAGAAGUGAUUGAUAUGCUAGUUAAAGUGUAUGAAGUCAAUCCAAAAAUGAAAGAUAACAAUGGGAACACCCCUCUCCAUGUGGCAGCAUUGAAUGGAGGUGUCAAAUCAGUGGAACACCUGAUUAAAGAACACAAUAUUGAGAAGGAGAGCACCAAUAAUUGUCAAUCCACUCCAUUGUGCUUAGCUGCAAGCAGAGGUCAACUGAAAGUUGCUCAUAUGCUCCUUUAUAACUUUAAAUGCAGUGCUGCAGUCAAGGGCUACCGUGGACGUACACUCCUUCACUAUGCAUGUAAAGAUAGCAACAUAGAACUGAUUAGGAUGCUAAAAUGUUUUGGUGUGGAUCCAACAACACGAGAUGACUAUGGUGACACUCCUUUACAUAUAGCAGCUGUGUAUGGACAAGUUAAAACAGUUGAAUAUCUAAUUACUGAAUGUAGUGUUGAGAGAGACAGUACUAACUACCAAAAAUCAACUCCACUGUGCUCAGCUGUUUCAAAAGGUCACGUGCAUUUGGCACAAGUUUUAGUUAAAGACUUUAGAUGUUGUCCACUUAUCAAAGGCCACAACGGUCAAAGUCUCCUUCAUUAUGCAUGCCAAUGUGGACAUACAGAAAUGUUCGAUAUGCUAAUAACAGAUCAUAACCUUCAGAUAGAAAAAGAUCAUGAUGGAAACACACCUUUACAUUUAGCAGUCAUGAAUGGACACAUUGAUAUGGUGCAACACCUUUUUAGUAAAUACAUUGAUUGUUUCAUCACUAAUGCGGAAAAAGUAUCUACAUUAAGUUGUGCUGCUCGAAUUAAUUAUGGGUGUGAUGGGAAUAUCAAAGGUCAAACUCUUCUUCAUUGUGCAUGUCAAAAUGGACAUGUGAAACUGGUAGAUAUAUUGGUUGAGGACUAUAACUUUGAUUUAACAGCUAGAGAUGUGGAUGGAAAUACACCUCUUCAUGUGGCUGUCCUGAACUGUCAAGUUGAAACAGUGAAACACCUUGUUACACAACACAAAGUUGAUGUUCACUGUACCAACAAUCAUUGUGCCACUCCGUUGAUGGUAGCAGCUCUACACGGUUACAUAGAUGUGAUUGAGAAUUUAGUUACUGGGUUCCAUUGUGUUCCAGAAGUGAAAGACGUCUUUGGUAAAACUCUCCUCCACUAUGCUUGUGAAGGUGGUCACACAAAACUGGUGGAUAACCUAAUAUCAAAGUAUAAGCUUGAUAUCUUUGGUAAAGACAAUGAUGGAAACACACCUCUACAUAUAGCUGCUCUGCAUGGACAAGCCAAAACUGUUAAGUACUUAAUUAAUAGGCACAAGGUUGUUAAAAGCAGCAAAAACAAUAUCGAAUCCACUCCACUGUGGCUAGCAGCAAGGAAUGGUCAUCUAGAGGUUGUGAAAAUACUGUAUUAUAGCGAAUGCAAUGAGCGAAAUCUUUUACAUUUUGCAUGUCGUGGGGAUCACACAAAGCUGCUGGAUGAAAUAGUAUCAGAACAUCAGAUUGAUUUAACACAGCCAGAAAUAAAUGAUGAUGAUGGAAAUACCCCUUUACAUUUGGCAGCUAUGGAGGGACAUAUUAAAACAGUGAAACAUCUAAUUAUUAAGUACAAAGUUGAGGUUGAUCUCACUAAUAAGGACAACUCCUCUUCGUUAUGUACAGCUGUUUCAAAUGGCAAGGAGCACGUUAUGAAAGUGCUUAUAGAAGAGUUUGGAUGUAAUCCUGCUGUGAAAGCUUACAGAGGACGAACUCUCUUGCACUAUGCGUGCAAAUUUGGUAAUAUUGAGCUGUUAGACAAAAUGGUUACUGAAUAUCAUCUUGAUGUUAAUAGGAGAGAUGAUGAUGGAAACACACUUCUACACAUGGCUGCUUUGAGUGGACAAGUUGAAGUAGUUAAUCACCUAAUAAUGAAGUAUGAUGCCGAGAAAGGAGACAAAAACAGUUACAAUUCAACUCCUUUAUGUGUUGCAGCUCGUAAUAAUCACCUAAAUGUGAUAAGACUGCUGGUUGAUGAGUUUCAAUGUAAUCCUGAGGCCACCGGCUACAAUGGUCAAACUCUCCUUUACUACGCUUACCAAGGGGGUCAUUUACAACUUGUUGACACGCUAAAAGAAUUGUAUGGUCUCAAUGCUACGCUCAGAGAUGAUGAUCACAACACUCCUGUUCAUGUUGUGUGUCGAACUGGCAAAACAGAAAUGUUAAAACCAUUGCUUUCUGGUAUUAACUCAAUUUGGACAGUUUUUCAAAGUAAUAAAUUUGGCAAUACCCCUCUGCAUACUGCUGCUCUCUAUAAGCAUACUAGUUGUGUAAAAGUUUUGCUUAAUGAAUAUAAAGCCCCACUUUUUGUGCGGAACAAUGAUGGGAAAACUGCUUCAGAUUUACACAAUGACAAAGUAAUUGUUGAAGAACUCAAAAGUAACAUUUCCCAGCAGAUCCAAUCCACGUAUAAAGAGCUUGAUGAACUAGCUAGGAAAGAGUUCAGUGGUGAGAAGCAUCUUACAAGACUGUUUGUUGUUGGACACUCUGGUGCUGGAAAAUCCACUCUUAUUGACACGCUUAAGAAAGAGGGAUUUUUCUACAUUUUCAAGAGAACUAUCAUAGAGCCCCAUACUGCAGGAAUUAUACCUACUACAUUUAACAGUACUGACUAUGGAAGAAUGAUUUUCUAUGACUUCGCCGGUGAUUCUGAGUAUUAUACCUCACAUGCUGCAGUGUUGGAGUCCGUGGAUACUUCAAUGGGAAUGAACAUUUAUCUGAUAUUGUGUGAUUUGAGCCAAAGUAGGGAAUUUAUCACCAGAAAAUUUAGCUACUGGUUUUCCUUCCUUUCUUGUAACAUUAGGAGUAUCUUUAAUUCCAUUAUUCUCCCUGUUGGGAGUCGAGCUGAUAAACUAAGCAGUGAUAAAGAAAUGCUUGGAGUAGUUGAUAAUCUUUCCCAAAAUUUUUCUGCAGGUAUGGAUAAUCUGCAAGUAAAAGAAAAAAGUGUUGUGUUAGAUUGCCGUGAUAAAGGAAAUGUAUUCAGUCGAAUUAAAGAUCUCGUGAAGAAAUAUUCCACGUCUGUACACCCUGUCCGACUAACCCUUGAGACAAGCACCCUCUUAGGCUUGCUAAGAAAAGAUUUUGAGAAUGUUACGGCUUGUGAAGUUCACCGCCUCAUCUCCCACAUAGUGAUGACUAAAAUUCCACUCCCAGUAAAUCCUUCAUUACUUUACCCUCUUGUUAGAGAGUUGCAUAACUUUGGCUUUGUGUUGCUAAUAGAAAAACAAGGUGAUGCAAUUGAGAACCACUUGAUUAUUUUGAACAUUCCAAUAUUCACAUCUGAUGUACAUAGUAAGUUGUUUUCGAAGUCUGCUAAAAAGAAUUUAGCUGAACACACUGAUCCACUGAAAUUGAGUGUGGGUAUCAUUCCAGAAUCUCUGCUCAAAGUAGUGCUACCCAAUUAUGUAACAAAAGACUGCCUGCUAAAGCUCCAGUACUGUCAGGAAAUUGAGAACUUGCAUGUGGAAGAAGACCACACACUUCUUCAAUCCCAGACAGCAUCGCAAGAGCCACUGCUAUUUUUUCCUGCUCUUUGUGAAUUAAAAAUUGAUAAAAUUCAGUGGACAACUGAAGUAAAUGAACACAACGUUACCCUGGGUUGGUAUGUUAAAUGUGAUGGCAGAUUUGACCACUUUCCCACUCGAUUUCUUCAUGUACUUAUUGUUCGCUUGUCUCGAAGUUUUGCACUAAAACAGAGCCUUCCAGUAAGCCGUAGACCGUCUAUUGUGUCUAUUGACUCCGUAUCGUCUAUGCCAAACUCUCCUACUACGUUUGAUUUUAAUCGUGAAUCUAUGCUAGAAGAGGUGUAUGAAUCCAAUCAUCGUUGUCAUGUCUGGUCAACUGGUCUGCAUUGGGUAAUGAGGAAUGGAGUAGAGGUGUUUGUUGACUUACCCAAAGAUGCAGAAAACAAAGAGCUGGUUGUAGUCACGAGAAGCUGUGAUGGAUCCAGAGCUGAAUGCGCUAACAUUUUGCAAAAGGUUGUUCAGAAAGUUAUUGAAGCGAAAGUUGAGUUUUGUCACAGUAUCACACCUUCAGUCUAUCUACUCGAUUCAUCUAGUCUUAAACGUAAGAAAUUCACUGAUGCCAGAAAAGUACCACGCUUUACACUGCAAGAAGUUAACAUAACAUUGGCUGAAGGCAGUAAAAAUGCUGUCAGUGUUGAUGGGUCACAUUGCUCUUCUCCUAGAGAUCUGGCCAACCUCACUAGAUGGACUAUGUCCUAUUGGAACCUACUUUUCCCUAUGGACCCUGAUGAUGUAAAGAAUGCUAUCAAAGAUCGAGUGGCUGGCAGCGAGUGGAAACAGCUAGGACGAAAUCUUGGCAUUCCUUAUAGGGUACUAGAAGACAUUGACGUUAGUUUCUCCCAAAUGGUAGACAAAAAGUCGGAAAUGAUCCAAGCGUGGUUAACUGGCGAAAGCAUGCCCACUUGGUUUCACAUGGUUGAGGCACUACGUGAACCAAAUCUGAAAUUGUUUAAAGCUGCUGGUAAAAUUUCAGAGAAACACAAUUGUACACAACAACAACAAAUUCUUACUUCUGAAUCAUCCCACCGUCCUGAUUCAAACUUUCUCCAGUCGUUUGCUGCCAUCAUUGGCUUUCGAUGGCAGUGUAUAGUGUUUCCCCUCUCCCUCUCCUCAGAAGACGUUGUGAGCAUCAAGAGACAGACAAGAGGAGCAGAACCCACUAUACAAGCACUCCUUAUGUUGCAGAAGUGGGCAGCCAACAAGACAGCAACUUAUGGUCAGUUGAGAGAGAUACUGUGUACACUCUCAGUUUUUAACAUUUGACUUGGUAUGUACCAUAAUUAUUGACCUGUAAUUAUAUACAAUAAAUUGACUUGCUGCUGAGUUUAGUCUGUACUGAUAUAAAAACACGUGUUAUUAUAAUUAUAUAAUUGCUGCUGUAUUUAAAAAAAAGUUUAGUUCUGUAUAAAAAACAUGUGUUUUAAUUGUGUUCUUGUGAUCCCUUUAUUUUAUAAUUUUGAAUUGUGUUGUUCUUGUGAUCAUGAUCCCCUUCGGUCCCCAAUCCAAUCAUUUAUACAUUUUUGUAUAUAUACUGGUAUCUAUACCAUAAUUAUUGACUUCUGCUGCUGUUUUUCAAGUUUAGUUCUGUAUCAAAUGAAUUCACGUUCUUGUGAUCCCCCUUUCUCAUUUAUACCAUAAAUAUUUGGCUUCGGCUACUGUAUAUUUUCACGGGGAUUACUAUU